AUUGGUUUUGGUGAUCAUGUUUGAUCUGUCCUUGGAGGUGAUGUUUGCUACUGCUCUGCUGAACGGUCUGAAUGGGGGUUCGCCUGCUUUCUGGGCUGGGAUCAUGGCUUUUGCCUCCGACACCUCCUCACAGGAGGAGAUCUAUCAGGCUUAACGGAGUUAAGCUGACCACUGGCAUGGCAGCGAUGGUUGGAAGUGUCUCAUCCGGCCACCUCUUCACUUAUUUCAAAAUCUCCCACAUGACCAGGGGGCUGGGCUGAUGGUCUGUAGCUGUAUUUUUUAUAUUUUAAGCUUACUUUGUAGCGCCCUGGGCUAAAAUCGACACAAACUGGAUCCCGUGUAUAUGGCAGCCUGGUAGAUCAAGGACAGCAGGAAAUUGAUGAUCGAACUACUGAUGAGAUUGAGCUGGGAAAUACAACUUUGAAUGAAAGUCGAAGUGCAAAGUGUCGAAUGCAGAACAUUCCAAGGUUUCCAGAUAAUCCUAGAGGCAGCAGGUAAGUGGAUAAAAUUACAAUUGCACUGCUCUUCACAGCUGGGGUUUUGUAUGAGUUUGGGCUGAGUGGUGCACUGGACGUGUUGCCCAUGUUUGUACUAAAGGACCCACUGAAUUGGAUCGCUGUCUGGGUCGGUUAUGGCAAUGCAACAGGUUACCCUCUCUUCCUCACCAGCUUCCUAGGAGUUGUAGUUUUUUCCAGAUCGUUGAAGGAUACUCCCUUGAUUGUGACGGGAAUGGUGUCAUUUUCCACUGGGAUGCUAAUCAUAUCCUUCCUGAAGUGGACAUUCCUAUAUUUUAUUGGUUCAUUCCCCAGAGCCUGUGCAACUGUUGCAAGCUUGUGUAAGUUAUUUCAGCCUGCUCUUUUUUAUCGUGCAGCCCGAGUUUUGAUGAUGGUUGCCCUUAUUCCGCUAGCUACAAUACGAUCUGUGAUUUCUAAACAGAUAAAGGACACUUCAUAUGGUAUCGCUUCAGGAAACCUUAUAGACACGUCCAUUAUUGUCAGCUCAUGUCACCAUCUGGUUCGGUCCAAGGUGAUGAUCUCCCAGGAGUCGGUGUCAAUAUUGCAUUUCUCCAUGUUGGCUUUCAGCACAUCCUUUGUGUUUAUUCUGUCCUCCUGUGGUGCCUUUGCCCUGACUGAGCUGGGAGAAGACAACCUGCUUUGGGAUCCUGGUAUCUGAAUUAUAUGACCAACCCAACAAAGCUGAUGGCGGAAAAUCAUACACUAGAUGCUUGUGGUGCCUGCUUGUGAGAGGACACUGAUGUUGGUGCGUCAAUCCUCCCAUUUAAAAUGCAUGAUCCUCUGCAGGAGCCAUCUGAAGAGCUGAAAAGUGUUGUAAGAGAGCAAGAGCUGCCCUGAUGUGAAGACACUGAAAUAUGCCAAGAUAGACAAGAUAAUAGGUCGAGAACAACUCUCCAAUUCUCAGGAGCACUUCAAAAUGCUAAUGAUUAUGUAUACAUCUAUGGGGAUUAUGUUACACUUGUACAGAACACUGGCUUGGCCUCAUCUGGAGUAUCGCAGAGAGUUCUGGCACCGCACUUUAGGAAAGAUGUGAAGACAGUGGAGAUGCUCAUAAACAAUUCACAAGAAUGGUUCCAAGGAUAAGGAACUUCAGUUCCACAGAUAGAUUGGAGAAGUUGAGACUGCUUUCCCUGAAGAAAAGGCAGCUGAGAGGAGAUUUGAUAGGAGUAUUCAAAACUGACAGCCAAGUAGACAAACAAGUGGGUGCUCGAGAAAGCUGGUGUUAAGAGGAACUUGUUUGAAGCUGUGAUAUCAAGAAAGCUCACAUAUUUUUGGACACGAUGCAAACAGAAGGGGAGUCUGUUUGGAAAAAGAGCUAAUGCAAGGCAAGACACCUGGAAAACAUGCACAGGGAAGACCCAAGGUGGCAAUGAUGGAUAAUAUUAGAAUGUGGAGAACUGGAGGAACAGCACCUCAUCUUCCGACUAGGCACUUUACAGCCUUCCGGACUGAAUAUUGAAUUCAACGACUUUAGAUCUUGAACUCCCUCCUCCAUCCCCACCCCCUUUCCGUUUCU